AUGGCCCAAGAACACGCUCAUUCUUCAGCCGUAGAGAGACUUUUGAAUUGCGAGGUACCAUUACGAGCUCAAUAUAUACGAGUGUUAUUCCGUGAAAUAACUCGAAUUUCAAAUCAUUCACUUGCUUUAACUACUCAUGCUAUGGAUGUGGGAGCAUCAACUCCGUUCCUGUGGGCUUUUGAGGAGCGGGAGAAAUUGUUGGAAUUCUAUGAAAGAGUCUCGGGAGCCAGGAUGCAUGCCAGUUUCAUACGACCAGGUGGAGUGGCACAAGAUCUGCCUCUUGGCUUAUGUCGAGAUAUUGAUUCCUUCACACAACAAUUUGCUUCUCGUAUCGACGAAUUAGAAGAGAUGUCAACCGGCAACCGUAUCUGGAAACAACGAUUAGUGGAUAUUGGUACUGUCACUGCACAGCAAGCAAAGGAUUGGGGAUUCAGUGGUGUAAUGUUAAGAGGUCGUGGGGUAUGCUGGGAUUCGCGAAGAGCAGCACCUUACGAUGUUCAUGACCAAUCGGAUCCUGACGUACCAGUAGGUACCAGAGGAGAUCGCUAUGAUCGUUACUGUAUCCGUAUUGAAGAGAUGCGACAAAGUCUGCGGAUCAUUGUGCAAUGUCCUAAUCAAAUGCCCAGUGGCAUGAUCAAAGCCGAUGAUCGUAAGUUAUGUCCUCCAUCACGAUGCCGAAUGAAACUAUCCAUGGAAUCGUGCAUUCACCAUUUCGAACUUUAUACAGAAGGUUUUUCCGUACCAGCUCCUUCCACCUAUACCGCAGUUGAAGCACCUAAAGGAGAAUUUGGUGUCUUUCUUGUCAGUAAUGGAAGCAAUCGUCCCUACCGUCGUAAAAUAAGAGCACCCGGCUCUGCCCAUUCACAAGGACUCGAUUCUAUGUCCAAACAUCACAUGCCAGCAGAUGUGGUCACCAUCAUAGGUACUCAAGAUAUUGUGUCUGGAGAGGUGGAUAGAUAGGAUUCCUAGUUGCUCGAUCAGCUUUAUUGCGAGCCAAAAACCUUUUUGGAUUUUUUCCCCUGACACACAUACCACUGUCCUGUACACUAAGUCAAACUAGCUCUAGAGUACGGGCCGGGCCCUCCAUCCUACCUCCCCGCCCUUUGAAGUAGAGAGGGAGAAAUGGAUAGAGGCAAUCUAUUUAUUGAAUAUGAAUAUGAAAGGGAUCCCAAUAGCAAUAGGAAAGAGAGAGAAGACCAUGUCGAAAGGAUUCUGUCCAUCAAUCCAAUCCUAUUUUGUUCACAUUGAAGGAAUUGAAUCCAUAGUAAAAAUACACCAAUGCACAAAAGAGUUAACUCUUGAAGAGCGGGUAUAUUAGGCAAAGAAUAGGACGAGGGAGCUCUUACUGCUCGAGAAGGAGCUGUGAUACUUAUGUUUGUUCUCGCAUCCGCAAUCGAAAGGGCAGAAGCAAACAAACCCGGACCAUGAAAGGAAAGGGGGGUUCAGCACCCUCCUGACCGUCCAUUACCUUUGAUUGAAAGCAAUCCUUACCUUCACGGACCCUAGUUUUAAGCAGCGCAGCACCAGAAAGAGUCAAAGGUACCACACGAACGGACUAAGCAACAAGG